AUGGACGACGCUAAAAGUUUAUACCACUCACUCUCCACCUCAACCACCACCACCACUCUCCGCGAAACCCUCUUCGACCAACUUUUGUUAAAGUUCCACGAAUUUUUCUCCGCUCUCCCUCUGCAUAACCAUGCGCCCGAGCCUAAAUCCAUUCCAUCUCCGGAUUCACGGUUGUGGCCACUCGUUGAACAUCUUUCUGUCAUUCUUCGCCGCUCUCUUGUUGUUCUGACACUUCCCUACUCCGACGAUAAGUUCUUCACCAACAACUGCUGCUGCAUUCUUCGAAUCCUCAAGUCGUUCCUCUUCGUCGAUGUCACUCAACUCGACGAUGGAACCACGGUCCUGCUCUGUCGUAACUUUGUCUCUGACGUUCACAUGGAAUUUUCUGAUUCUUGCCGUCCGUUUCUCCGUGCCGUGCUUGAGGUAUUUGCAGAUGAACUUUUAAGACAUCAAUCAUUGAGAAGGUAUCUUAUGACUGCUGAUUCAGUCUCUUCCGACUGUGAAAAGACUUUUGUGUGCCAAUUUUCUCCUGGAGAUAUUGCUGUUGUCUUGGAGGUGAUAUCUACGCAUGUUAUCCUGUCAUUUUCUAAUGAGAAAGCAUUUGAGAAUUUCAUCGGUAGAUUAUGUUUGCAUUGGAACGGAGAUUUUAGAUUUCAUGAACUUGGAAUUGCCAGUGCCAUGGUGUUGCUGCUUGACCCUGUUGUGUAUUCUGCGACAAAGAUGUUCCAGGCACAUGUAAUUUCAUUGGUUUCUGAAGUCAUUGAUUCUGGCUUAUCUUCGGGGAAUUUGACUCUAGAUAUAAGCUACUACUUAGCGGCAUUUCAAAAAUCUGUCAGCUUGUACUCUAAGCAUGUGUCUAGCUUGCAAAUGGAUAGUUUUUGCAUCGAAUUGAGUUGUGCCUAUAAUAGAACCAUGUUUGAGAGAGGUCUUCCAAUUUUUGAAUCUUAUAUUCAGGAAGGAACACACACCAAAUUAAAUCAAGUCUUAUCAAAAUCAAAUAGUUCAUUGGACUCUUACGGUUGCAAAAUGUCAUCUAAAACAAAAGCUGACCUUUUGACUGAGUACAUAGAAUAUAUGAAAGGGAGACAAUACAUAUUUGCUGAUUCAUGCCGGGGUAAGGCUGCCUCAACCUUAGAUUACAUAAUCCAUCAAGCUUUUUCUCAAGAUGCUGCUGGAGAUUUAUUGUAUUUAAAGAAAAACACUAGUGCUGAAGAUAUUUAUCUUCUUGCAUCCAUAUUGAAGUUAACGAGUGUUUCACUGCUACAAGCAAUUAAAUGUCUAAGUAAGAGUGGUGAUUCAGGUUGUCUGAAAACCACAGGAAGUUCCUCUGUGCAUGAUGAAUAUGAUUUCUUGAACAGCAUCAUCAACCCUUUUCAACAAUUUAAGUUUUGUUUACCCAUUCAGACCUUGCUGCACAAUAUGUUGAAAAAUCAGCAAACAAAUUACCAAGUCUCCAAGUCAAUGUUUGUGCACUUUUCAGGCUUGUUAUCUCUAAGUUUUUACAAUGGUUUUGAUGUGUUAGCAAAGGGGUGUAUAUCUGUAAUUAUGGCACUGAUGUCUAUGUUUAUUUUCGAAGAGGGAGAUUUAGUUGAUAUAGGGUCAUUCAAGGGUCCGCCAUUGCAUUCUUGUUCAUCUGAAAUUUUGUUGCAUGAAAGUGGAAAGGGGGCAAGAAGUAAACAAAUUAUAUAUAAAAUUGCAGCAGAGUUUCAUAAAAUCCAAACAUAUAAUUUAAGAUCAAAUUCCUUAGUUGCGGAUGAAUCUGAGAAGACCUGUAAUGGGGAAAGGUUUCUUGAUUGCAUGUUACGCAAAAGAGUACCUGAUUAUGCUGAACUUGCAGACUUUCAUGACUGCAGCGAGGGAAAAGAUUAUUCCAGAUGGUUGAAUAACCGCAAAAAAUACAGAAAUCGGAAGCUUCAGAAAGAAUUAAAUUCAAAAAAGAUUAGGAAAGAAAGAGUGUGGAAGGCUUUGAGAUUCAGAAAAUUGAAAAGUUUGCAUUCUUGA